AGGAACUAAAUGUUCCUCAAAGACGAGGGGAUUACCCAAUAUUACCAAGUUAGACUUGCUCGGGCGCUGUCAUGAUUACGGUGCAAAGAGGCACCCAGCGCGCUGCGGCGCUGUGCCGGGGUUGGGCUGCAGUACCGCGCCCGGCCUCCCGCGGCGCUGUGCCGGGGUUGGGCUGCAGUACCGCGCCCGGCCUCCCGCGGCGCUGUGCCGGGGUUGGACUGCAGUACCGCGCCCGGCCUCCCGCGGCGCUGUGCCGGGGUUGGGCUGUAGUACCGCGCCCGGCCUCCCGCGGCGCUGUGCCGGGGUUGGGCUGCAGUACCGUGCCUGGCCUCCCGCGGCGCUGCCGGAUGCCGCUGCCGCCAGUGCCCGGACCGCCUGCGAUGGACGUGGACGAUUCGAUGGUGUCGGUGGGCGAAUUCGGGAGUUACCAGAAGCAGCUGACGUGCACCUUCGUCCUUCUGCAGAUUUACGUGGCUUGUCAGUCAAUGCUGAUUGUACUGGUGGGAGCACAGCCUAACUACAAGAUAAUCACUAAGGAAGACCCCAGCACACAUGAAGAACUCGUUAAACACGUCGUAUUUGAGGAAGAUUUCACUUCAAUUGUAACUGAGUGGUAUUUAAUCAGACAAGAAGCGUACAAAGUGAACUUGGCUGGAUCCUUGUUCUUCUUGGGCCUGCUCCUUGGUAACAUCUUAUUUGGACCAUUGUCUGACCAAUUUGGCAGAAAACCUAUCUUCCUUAUAGGCUUAUUCCUUGAUGUCGUGUUUGGGUUCAUUUCAGCAAUCGCUCCUAAUUAUGAAAUCUUUGCCUUGAUGCGACUUCUUGUUGGGAUUGUGAAUGGUGGAAUGUCUCUGGUGGCUUUUGUACUGACACAGGAAUUUGUGGGAAAAUCCUAUUGGGCUCUGACAGGGUCACUUACCAAUUUGGUGUUCGCAGUUGGAAUUGCAGCUUUCUCUGUUAUUGGUUAUUACAUCAGGGAUUGGCGCGUUCUCACUGCUGCAGCCAAUUGUCCUGGAGUUCUCUUUUUCUUCCUUUUCAUAACAAUUCCAGAAUCACCACGGUGGUUGUACUCUCAGGGGAGGACCGAGGAAGCAGAGGAGGUGCUGCAAAAUAUUGCACACAGGAAUGGCAAUGAGAACAUUUUCAUUCAACUAAAACCCUGUGCAGGAACAAAGAAAAUUGGUCGACCUGCUCAUGGAUUUAUGGAGCUGGUGAGACAUCCUAUAUUACGCUGGAGAAGUGUCAUCUUGAUGUAUGUGUGGUAUGUUUGCAGUCUUGUGUAUUAUGGCCUGACGUUGAAUGCAGGUGAACUGAAAGGCAACCGCUACUUGAACAUUGCCAUGUAUGGUCUUGUGGAAUUGCCAGCAUUCCCCUUGUGCCUUUACUUCAUUGAUAAAUCCUGGUCAGGGAGGCGUAAGACAAUGACGGCAUUCCUGCUGUUUGCAGGGGUUGCAUGUAUAAGCACCAUAUUCUUGCCUGGGAAACAAGACUUUGACAUGGGAUUCUUGGUGGACGUCACUUCAUUAGCUCUGUGUGGAAAGUUGGCUGUCAGUGCUGCCUUUAACAUUGCUUAUGUUUUUACUGCAGAACUGUAUCCCACUGUGAUCAGAAAUGCUGGAUUGGGAAUUUGUUCAAUGUCAUGCAGGGUCGGUGGAAUUCUGGCUCCUUUCGUACCAUCACUGAAAUCUUUGAAUCCAUCUAUGCCAUUUAUUGUCUUUGGGAUUGCUGGAAUGUCAGGAGGAUUCCUGGGGCUCCUUCUCCCGGAAACCUUGAAUAAACAAAUUGCAGAGUCCAUAGAAGACCUUCACUCUCCAGACUACCUGAGGCUUGAAGACAGAAGGAAAAAAGCAAUGCAACCACAAGAAGACACUGAGUCAUGAAGACCAGAAACUUAGCAAAGAGCCACUGGGACUGAUUGGAUGCCUCCAAUGGGUGUAAGGAAAGUAUUCUGAAAUGAGACCUCAGAUAUUUGCGGACAUUGCAGAAGAUGCCACGAGAGGUUAUGCAACCAGCUCAGAAGGUCUUUUGGAAGGUGCUAUUUAAGAUCAGUUGGUUCUUCUUGGUGACAAUGCAUUGCUAAGGGAAGAUGUCCUUAUGCAGGAAAGAUUUACCUCAAUUAUUUAUUUUGUAACAUUUGUUUGUUAGCAAGUGAGGAAUAUUUUUGUGACAUUUCUAAUUGUACAAUUUUGCAAGUAUUUUUACUUGUGACCUGGAAUUUAUAAGUUUAAUAAUGUUGAGUAUAAGCUAUCUGAGUAAUAUAGUCUCAAAGUUUAUUUUUUACAUUGGGAGUAUUUGUAAGUCCAUGGGAGAUGAGUAUCAACCUUAAAUGUGGAACAUAAAUUUAAAGCUAUGGAAGCUCAGCUCCAUUAACCUUUUAAUACAAAUUGCAUUAGGACCGAAAGAUUUACAAUGGGAACACUUUAUACUCACUCUUCCUUGAAGGUUCCUAUUUAGAGGCUUGAGAUUUCUGACCUUUUCCAUUUACUCUGCUCUGCCUCCAUCUUGCACUUCUGAUUAAGAGCCCCAAAGUGAUACAGUUCUGUAGUUUAUAAGAAAAUUAUGUAAGAAAAUUAUGUAUUGCGACUAUAAUAUGUAUCUCUGUAUUUUUAUUUUCUGUUGUUUGGAUCUGCGCUUCAGAUUACUUGGAUUGUACUUUUCAGUUCUAAUGACUUAUUCCAAAAUUUUCUCCAAACUCAAAAGACAAGUCUGCAAAAUAAAUACAAAUGGAUCAACUGUACUUUACCCCCACCCUUCCAUACUCGAACUGUAUUCUUGCACUUUGCCUUCACUGAACAGUACACUAACUUUUGAUGCCUUUUUAUGUUGUCCCUUUAAAUCUUGAAUGUGUGUUAGUAUCUUAGCUGAUGGUUGACAUUUCAUGUGCAUUAUUUCCGUAGAAAUUUAUGUUAAUAGUUUUAUUUUGCAACAUAUAACUGCUUUUGAAAGACCAUCCCAACUCAGGAUACUAUUAAUUUCUGUGUCAUGAAUGCUUUAUGGGAAUGUAUUUUUAUUUCCUCUGGCCCCACUGACUGUUUCCUGCUUGUUGUUCCUGUGUUAAUGUACUGGCAGCUCAGUUGGUCCACAACCCAAAGCUUGCACAUACAAGCGCCACUGAGUUUGUAAGAAACCAGUGGAUGUGCAUCUGCCAUUGGCUCAAGAUUGGUCCAGCAUUUUCAGAUGUCCACUGAAAUAUUCUUGAAGGAGGAAAAGCCCAUUCUGUCCUCACAAAAUCCAUCCACGAUACAAUGGAGAGCAUUUCAGAUUCUCUAAGGAGUUCAUCAAGACCCGGUGACCAAAUGGCCCAUGUGCUGACCAUGACAAGUGGAUCUGGUGACCAAUCCCUUCUCCACCUUUUCCUCCCAACUCCCAUCACUUCACCCACCCCACCAACACUGAAAGAUACAAUCAGUGGCAGUGAAAGGAAAUUUGGACACUGGUAUUUGACCACAUAAACAGAAAUGCCUGGUGCACUCAUUCCAUUGCUGGUAAAAACCUGCAAGACAGAUUUAGAGGAGUUAUGCAAUUAAAAUAAUGAUUUGCAUUUUUAAAGGGUUUAAUUGAAAGAUUAUUUAACUAAUAUAGUUGUGUGUAAACUCUAACGAACGCAGUUCUAUGAACUCAUUUGUGUUGCAGUUGCCUUGGUAAUGAAGUAACUCAUUUUCUGCAGCUGAUUUACACAAUACACUUAUUUCAGAGUUGAUUCAUUCAUUGUCCCUGAUUAUUAGGUGUGUUUGCACAAAAAUACUAGUUCCUGUACUAUUUUCAUUCCUCAAAUGGAAUCACAGGAUGAUACCUAUUUCCAAGGGCAGAAAAGCCCUUUGAGUUAUCAGAGUAAAUCACAUUGGUUUUCUGUAGUAACAACAUUCCACAGAAAUGAAACCACUAAUUUUUUAAAAGUUGCAGUGAUCUUGCAAAAAGAAAUGGGAACAGGCAAAGCAAGAGCAAAUGUUAACUUUAAAUAGAUAGAAAGUUUAUGGAGAGAAGCAGCACUGGAUUUAAACUGGAAAGUCUUAGUCUGAGUAAAUGUGGAUGAUUUCAGCUGGUCAGCAGGAGGAGAUCACAAAUAGUCAAAGGAGAGAGGAAAUUGGCCUGGUCCUAAUUGCUGUCCAAGGUCACCUGUAGAAAAGUGUGUGAGUGUUUAAGAUAGUUGAUGGGGAAUGACUACUUGAUAUCCAGUUGGCAGGUGGUAUUGAGGUUGCUUGACCCAAAUGAUUUUGCAAAUCAAGAGUUAAAUCCUCCGGCAUUGGCCGGAAGAGGAUAGAGAUGGAGAUUGGUAUAAAAGCAAGAAAAUCAAUUUGUAGUUAGUAAGGAAGAGGGCCACUCAAAAUGGAGAACAAUGAAACUUAUUGGACCAAUGCAGACAAACUGUCUUUUACCAAUUGCAAUUUUGCACAUUGUAUCUGCUUCCUUAGGCAGAGUUCAUGCUACUGUAUAAAAACAAGCUAUUUUAUGACCGUAAAUUAUAUCACAGUAUCAAUGUUAGAGUUGAAAAUGGAAAGGAAAAAGCUUGUUCAGAAGAAAAGUCCGCUUGAACCUCUUGGCAGCUUCAAGUUAGAAUGAGGUAUAGCUGUAAGUCAGAGAGCAUUCCACGCUCUCAGUGGUUACCCUUUAUCAGUAUAAUUUACAGCUGUAUACAAACAGUAACAAUGCAACUUACAAUACAUAAAUAUAUAUUGGCCUGGAUCUUGCAUAUGUCAGGCAGGGCUGGGGAUAGAUAGAUUUUUACCAAUCUGUCCCCAUUGCAGACCCCCCCAUUUUGUGGAAGCAUACUUGGAUGGCAGGUGGAUAAUCUGGCACUUACUGACAAAUAAUAAUGCAAAGUCCUUGACUUUCAUGUUUUGUUUCAAAACUAUUGUGGGUUUCUUUUGGUUUGAGACACAAAAGACUGCAGAUGGUGGAAUGUGGAGCAACUCACAAAGCCGUGGAGAAACUCAGCAGGUCAGGCAGCAUCUACAGAGGGAAAUGGACAGUCGACUUUUCAGCUCGAGACCCUUCACCUGGACUCAGUCCAGAUGAAGUGUCUCGACCCAAACAUCAACUGUCCAUUUCCCUCCAUAGAGGCUUCCUGACCUGAUGAGUUCCUCCAGUGCUUUGUGUGUUUCUUUUGGUUUGAGUAGUCCUCAGAAAUGAGCUGUCUUAACCCACUGGUUUGUGUGCUUCCUCUAAGCCAAACCAAAUACCUGACUGCAUUGUACAGAUAUUUAUGAUGGAAAUUUGCCAUGUGUGGCUUUCAUAUAGACUGUAUCAAAGUAAAUAAAUCCAUAAUUAACCCACUGAGAGCUGUAGCAUUUGCUUGUUUUAACAUUGUCCAGAACUUUGUCAACCUUUACAGAAGAAUAUAAAGUCUUGU